ACCACUUCAUCGCGGGUCUUUUUGAACCUCCCCAUAACACAGAUUACACAACUAGCUAGUUUACCCUUUCUCAUUUCUCUCUUCUUAGUUAUAGGGAGAGAAUUUUCCGGCGCCGGUGAUAUUUUCCGGUGACUUUCGCUCCACAUCGUAACUCGUAAAUAUUAAAUACAGAAAAUGAGGCGACCAUUAGAAGGGAUAGUAAGUGAUGUCAAAGGAAGACUGGCAUGCUACAAGCAAGAUUGGGUUGGUGGUAUCAAAUCUGGAUUUGGGAUACUGGCCCCAAGUACAUACAUCUUCUUUGCUUCUGCUCUUCCUGUUAUUGCCUUUGGGGAACAACUCAGCAGAGACACAAAUGGGAGUUUGAGCACAGUUGAAACUCUAGCUUCAACAGCAAUAUGUGGAAUCAUACAAUCAAUAUUUGGUGGACAACCUCUAUUAAUACUAGGGGUUGCAGAACCAACUGUGAUUUUGUACUCUUACCUCUACAACUUUGCCAAAGGGCGACCCGAUUUGGGCCAAGAACUCUUCCUAGCUUGGGCUGCAUGGGUUUGUGUAUGGACCGCCCUUAUGUUAAUUCUUCUUUCGGUAUGCAAUGCUGCUUCGAUCAUAACUCGGUUCACAAGGGUUGCAGGGGAACUCUUUGGCAUGUUGAUUACUGUUCUCUUUAUCCAAGAGGCUAUCAAGGGAGCUGUGAGUGAAUUCGGAGUCCCAAAAUCCGAGGACCCAAGUGAAGAGAAAUUCGAGUUCCAAUGGCGGUAUUUAAAUGGUGUUUUAGGAAUCAUUUUCACAUUUGGUGUUCUUUCCACUGCUUUAAAGAGUCGUAGGGCAAGAUCAUGGCGGUACGGUACAGGCCGUUUAAGGAGUUUUACUGCAGAUUAUGGAGUUCCAUUUAUGAUUGUUAUUUGGACUGCUUUAUCAUUUACCAUUCCUAAAGUAGUUCCUGAGGGAGUUCCUAGAAGACUCUAUAGUCCUCUACCUUGGCAAUCUGAAUCUUUAUACCAUUGGACUGUGAUCAAGGAUAUGGGGAAGGUUCCUGUGGCAUACAUCUUUGCUGCCAUAAUUCCGGCGUUGAUGGUAGCAGGACUGUAUUUCUUUGAUCAUACAGUUGCUUCACAAUUGGCACAACAAAAGGAGUUCAAUCUGAAAAAACCAUCUGCAUACCAUUACGAUAUCUUGUUGCUUGGAUUUAUGACAUUAAUUUGUGGACUUCUUGGACUCCCACCAGCAAAUGGUGUCCUUCCACAAUCUCCAAUGCAUACUAAGAGCCUUGCUAGCCUUAAGAAACAGUUGAUAAGGAGAAAGAUGGUAGAGUCUGCCAAAGAAAGCAUAAAGAAAAAUGCUAGUAGCACAGAGAUCUAUGGCCAGAUGCAACAUAUUUUUAUCGAAAUGGAUCAAAGUCCCGAUCCGCAUGAAGUUGUCAAGGAGCUUGAAGAACUAAAACAAGCAAUGAUAAAGGGAGACAGCCCAGAAGAAAAGGAGAAUAAGGCUUUUAGACUUGAUCACAUUGAUGCCUAUUUACCUGUUAGAGUCAAUGAGCAAAGAGUGAGUAACUUAUUACAGUCAAUCCUUGUAGCAGGCGCGUUGUUUGCAAUGCCUGUAAUCAAGUUAAUACCAACCUCUGUUCUUUGGGGAUACUUCGCGUAUAUGGCCAUUGAUAGUCUUCCUGGAAGCCAGUUUUGGGAAAGAAUCCUCCUCCUUUUCAUCACCCCAUCCAGACGUUACAAGGUUUUGGAAGAUGCUCAUGCUUCAUAUGUAGAAUCAGUGCCUUUCAAAUACAUUGCGGCUUUCACACUAUUCCAACUCGUAUACUUAGCCAUUUGUUUUGGUAUCACUUGGAUACCAAUUGCUGGAAUUCUUUUCCCUUUGCCUUUCUUCCUUCUUAUAAGCAUACGCCAAUAUAUGCUUCCGAAGAUGUUUCAUCCAAUUCAUCUGCAAGAACUUGAUGCUGCUGAGUAUGAAGAGAUUGUGGGUGCACCACGACGCGCUCACAGCUUGUCUUUAAGGAGGGAAUCCCUGGAAGAUGAACUUGUGGGAGAUGAUGGUGAGAUACUUGAUGAACUGACAACUAGCAGAGGGGAGUUAAAGCUCAGAACUUUAAGCUUUGAAAAUCCUCAGGUUCGUCCUCAAGAAGUUGUUCAUCCAGAGUGAAGCAAGCAUUGCUAGGACUCUAAGAAGGUUGUAUCAUAUAAUGGUCAAUUGGUCAUUAAAUUUUCGGUUUAAUUUACUCUUCCAAGUUUUUUAGUACUUUAUGCAAGUAUGUGAAUUUACCAAUGAUAUCUUAGCCAAAAAGUUAAGAUUGAGGUUAUAACCUAUGAGUAUAGGUUAUAUAAAAAUGUUAAGUUACCAAUGACAUUUUAACUACCAAAUGGUUAAGAUUAAGGUGAAGUAGGUUAUAUUUAUAUUGAAGGUCCUAAGUUUUAAUUUCAUUCCCUCUGUUUCGUUGUAUCGGAAUUAGUGCAUUGUAUUUGUAUGACCAAAGGUAAUUAAGUUCAAUGUAUCACAUCCUAAAAA